CGGAUAAAACUAAACUGUUUUCAUGCGAAACGAACUAAAGAUUUACACGCAAUCUAUCCAAGAUUGCGGUUCUCAUUAGCAAGAUUCGUCAUUCUCGAUGCGUUUUGCGAACGAGAUUAACAGGUUAUUUGUUGCAGCACAAACAGAUCAGUGUGUCAUGGUGCGUAUCGCGUUUGUAUAUAAGAGAGGAUCAAGGUAUGAGGGAUCGUCAGACUGGACUUCGGUUUCGUUCGAGCUUCGAAACAGCGAAAACAUGGCGAAAAGCGUGGCGUCCCUUUGCAUCGUCUGCUUAAUUUUCACUAUCGUCGUCGCGAAACCCGUUCCUCAGCAAAACAAUGAUAGCGAGGUGUUUGCACCAACAAGUAUUCAGUACUAUCCAUACGCGUUUUGGUUCAUCAGACCGUAUUACGACCAAGAUGACAUCGAUGUUGGCAGUUUCCAGUUAGAACGAAGAUCAUCUACCAUAUCGUACGCCAACGUUGGGGCCGGAUGGGGUCGUUAAAUUCGACGCUUCUUCGAUUUAUAACCACCGGUUUCGAUGACAUGGUCGGCAUCAUAAAUUUAUAUUUAAUCGCGUUAAAUUAAUUGUUAUAAUUGAUAGCUUAUCAGAUUGUCGACGAGGAACUGACAUCGUAAAUUAAUAAUUAACUUACUAAAUAGGUACAAAAUAGUUUUACAUAUAUUUUCAUAUUGUUGUAACUACGAUCGUUUAAUCAACGCCAAUCGUCAUCGCGCGAAUUCUUAAUUGAAAAACGAUUGAACAAACGAAUUUCAAUCGAAACUGCCGUGCGUGUCGAUUAAAAAAAAGAUCGAAAAGACAAUUAAAAAACGUUAAGUGUAUCAACAAAUUGGAAUCGUGGAACAUCUUCGAUGCGGAAAGCUUGUCAAUUUGGUGAAUCAAUCGAAGAAAUUAAGAAUUUGUAUCUGUAAUUGUAUACCGAGAUGGAAAUAUCCAUAGAUUUAUUUGAAAAUGACAACGAGAAAAUCCAAUUUUAAUCCCACCGAUGUUAAUUGUCGUCG